AUGGCUAAGCAAUUAAUUAUGUAUACAAAUGAUGCUGUUGAAGCAACAUUUUCUGAUGGUUCAAAAAUUUUUCUCGCACCAUGUGCUACUGAAUACGUUGUUCAACAAGGCAAUCAUGCACAAGGUAUUAUGACUACUAAACAUCGUACAAUAUAUACAACAAGUACAUUAUUACCACGAAUUCGAUCUAUUUUAACAUUUCGUAAUUUAUAUGCUCAACAACCAUUUCUUGUUCCAGCACUUGUUGAUUCUGAUCAAUGUUAUCAAUCAACAGGUACAGCAUCACAUGUUCGUUGGUCUCCUAAUAUUUCUCUUCCAACUAUUUCUAUUGAUGAUCCAACUCAAACAUGGUCAUGGAUAUCUUUAUGUGGUCGAGCUCGAAUUGAUAUUUCUCAAUGUCGACAAAUUGUUUAUAUAACACAUCCUUUACAAGUUUCACGUGUUUUAACAAAACAAACGAAUGAUAUUGAUAAUGAUAUUCCAACAAAAUAUAUUCAUAUAUUUGCACCUGUUCGUCGAUGUUUCUCUUCUCAUAGAUUACCUAAUUAUUUAUCUAAAUUUGUUAAUAAAUGUCUUCAACUUAUAGAACAACUAUCAAAUAAUCAAAAUUCAUUUGAUAUUGAUGAUAAUGAUGAUGGUGAAUGGAAUUUUCAACUACCAUUACCAUUACCGAGUUCAUCGUGUCCACAAGCUCAUCGUCAUCGUUUACAUCAUGAAAUGAUGUUUGAGGCUGAUAUACAUAUUUUACAAACAACAAUAGUUACAUACAGAUUAGAAUAUGAGAAUCCAAUAAGUAUAGAAGCAUUUAUUACUGAUGAAAAUAAUCAAUAUUUAAUGGAUUAUUUUAUUACUUGUGAUAUUCAAUCAAGUUUUUAUAAAUAUUAUUCAAUUAAAGAUAAGGAAUGUCGACUAUUAACAUUAUCUGAACAUGCUCUGCCACCUCACAAUGAAAGAUUAUUACAAAUAAUUCGUUUUAUGUCUAAUAUGCGUCAAAGAUUAAUUAGUAUGACUCGUCGUGUUCAAGAGCGACCAUGUUGGUUGCAAGAAGAUAUAGUAUUAGACAAUCAUACGAUUAAUGAUACUACCGAACAAUUGGGAUUAUCUUCAUUAGAAAAUGAAAUUGAUGAUGAAGAUAAUAUUUAUCGUCAAACAUCUAUUGUUAACAUUGGACAUUUUAAAUAUUUUCUUGAUAAUCAUAUUCAAAUUAAAUUUUCUAAUGGUUUUAUUUUGUAUAUGACAUCUGAGCAAGUUCAUUCUUGUCAGAUGAAUCCAUCUAUUAAUUUUCAAUGUCGAAUAACAGAUAAGAAAAAACAAACAACUAUCGACGUUUUCGAUGGUAUAACAGAACCUGGUUGUUAUGAACAAUAUAUAUCAGCUGCAAUAGAUUGGUGUAUGUGGGUAUGGAAUGAAAAACGAACUGAAGAACAACGUAAUUUAGCAAAUAGUAUUCAAGAAGAAUUAUUUCGUUUAAAACUAUUUUCAAAUAUGAAUCAAAUAAAAGAUUAUCAACAGUCUACAACAAUAAAUCCACCAAUAACAAAUCAAAUUGAAUAUUAUUCACCAGAUGAUAUUAAACAAAUACUUGAACGAACUGCACAAUUUACAAGAACACAAUCAUCUUGA